AUGCUGACGGCAGAGUUCGUUUACUUCCUGGAGCAGCUUGUCUUUUCCACGCUGGCAGCGUUGACGUCUCACGUCGUUACCAAGCAGCGGCUCAACUCAAGUAACGUCGGCUAUUUUAUCUAUCAACAGAAAUAUUUGGAGAGGCAUUUCCUAUGGAGAGACGUCAGCAUGGUUCUGAAGAAGGUGUUAUUGGACCAGAUAGGAGAGGCACCUCUGGCAACCAGUGUCUUUCGCAGAACUGGACUCCUGUAUUGGCCCUUCGUGCAGUUGCUGAACUUUCUUCUGGUCCCUUUGUAUCUGCGUACAGCCUUCACUGGCUGCUGUGCCUUCCUGUGGUCCACCUUCCUGUGCUUCUAGUGCCACUGUCGUGUUGGAACUGUGAUCGCCGCGCUCGCUUGGGUGAUGUCACCAAAGGAUGCCCCGUCCGCGACGCAUGCUAAAAAAAAGAAAUAAAAAACAGACUUCAUAACCUCAAACAACCUCAACAGAAAAGAAGACACCAGAGAUGACCCCAAACAAUCCCUGUUUUAAAAAAACAACACACUGACCGCCACCAGCUCCCAUGCUGCAGGAAACAAGUGAACUGAUAUCGACCGAGGAAGUACAACUUGAAUUACACUGCUGCCAUCUGCCUUCUGGUAUUUGAAAAAUGUAAUAUUUUGAUACUGAUAAAACUGUCCCCCUUAAUUACUUCAGGAAAGUAAGCACAUUCUUUAAAUGUUUUUCUUGUAGCCAUUUCUUAUCUACUGUACCUUCCAGCUGACCUUUCUCUGCAGCGAGGACCUCUAUACAGUUGUCCAUUUUUUUCUAAAUGACAUACAAUAUAUGGAGGCAGCAGACAAAAUAAAAGGCAGCAAAACUACAUCACAUUAAGUGGGGUUAGAUCAAAAGCUUGUAAAGAGAAAUCAAAUAAUUACAAACAUCAUGAAAUUUAACAGAAAGGUUCUUACUUAAGUUUUGGAGUCUAAUAUUAAACAAAGUUUAAAUGUUUGAUGUGACCUAUCUACUAGGAUGAUUAUGAAUAGUUGAUGUGGACGUACGGUACUUUAUUUAAUUGCACAUAUUUAUAUUACAACUAGUACUUUAUUUGAGAUAAAUUGAGGUCAAAUUCAUGAUGCACUAAUAUACUGUAAAAUGAAGCCUACAUUUCUACACUACUUGAUUGCCAUUUUGGUUUUAUAAAAUGUGUAAAAAAACAAAUCUAAACGUAAAUUCCAUUUCAUACAAGAACCUCUGUUAUUUGUACAUGUUUUGUAACAUUAGUUUCCUUUUAAUGCGGAGCUAACUGUUAUUUGGAGUAAAACAGUUUUGAAUCAUAUAACAGGUUAUUCUAGUGGUACUAGUGCAAUACUGUAAAAGGGUUUGAUAACUGUCACAUGAAUUCUCAUUUCAACUAAAGCUUAAGCCACUUACUGCAAGACUUUCGUAACUCAAGUUGACAAGACGGCUUCAUUUAUUCCAGGACACCCCCAGACUCUUUAUGUAAAGUCCACUACCAGGAUUGAGAAUAUUGGAGAUCUAUCUAACUAUCAAUCAGGGUGCUUGUUCUCAGUGAUCUGCCUUUACAGAGGGAGUUCUGUGGGAGAUGAGGUCAAUGUCUUAAUGAGGAAGCAUCCCUGUUGAUGGCAGAUUCAGUGCAAUAUAUUAACACAACUGAAAAUGAUAGAACAUCUGCAGAACAUAUGCACUGAACUUCCUUCAAUCGAUGCACCUGAUAAUACUGGUUUAAUCUGAAGUAUCUCAUUAUUUGGUGGUUUUAAUCUACUUUACCCUACGCCUGUAUGAUUAUCACAAACAAAAAGGACUGUAGGGAACACUGCUUCAUUUCUAGGCUGAAUAGCGGAGCCAGCAGCAUGACAGCUGGAGGCAGGGCUGAUUCACAUCCACCGUGACAGGCAGAUUCCAAUACAGGACCAUCUGUUACUGGAUAGCAUUUCUAAAGCAAGUCCUCAACAUUAGCUAGUCAGGGAAUUGAGCAGAUCCGGACUGACAGCAUCACACUGGCAGAUGAACCAUCGCUCAGCAUUUUAUUUUUCCACAGCAGAACUGCAAAGUGGCAAAUUGAGUUAUAAUCAAAUUCUCAGGGAUUUAAUACAGUUUAAAUUCAUACAUAUAGAUGUGGCAUUUCUGAUGUAAUCCAGGGCUCGUAAUAGAACGUGAAACAAGCAAUGUGAUUGGUCGAGCAAGGGUCCAGCUGUCCGUAUAUUGGAUGGAUACGGACAGUUGGAGUCUUGUCACAUAUUGUAAAUCAAUGCGCUGCCUCACAGAAUUUAAAGUAUCGGUAGCCAUCUUGCUUACUCAGUUACAGAUGUACUGCUGAAACUAUGAAACUGAGUGACCAAUUACCUGCAAAAAACCCCAGAGUAGUAAGUGGACAUGCCGAUUUGGAUGCAGAACAAUUAAAUGAAGUGGAAGAUAGAAAAACAGAAACCUUCAAAUAAUGUAUUUUUAGCGGUUUGUAAACGUUAAAGGAAAACACAAAGACACAUCUACCCCUCUCUGACACAGAUCGUGAACAAAUUACUGAAAUCCAAGACGUCGUUGAAUGUAUUUUUAUUCCUCAAGUCUGUUCUGCUCAGUGUGUCUGCACUCUGCCCCCUGGUGUAUUUUUUCAAUGGCAAUGUGCACGAUAUCAAAAAAAUGAUUUACUUUUACAUGUUUUAAUUGAAUUAAUUUACUCAUCUUAACUUGUUUAGUUCAAUGUUAUACAUGUGACUACU